GUUAUCCAGUGAUUAAACUAUUUAUGUUAGACUUCCGGCUUCGAGUGUUUAGGAUGCGUGCUGUUCCGUCAUUGUUCCUAGAUAACUGUAAUUACGCGAAUUUGCUUAGUUUACAGCAAACAUUCCGAGACAUAACAGUGAUUAAUUGAAACGCAAACGAGUGCUGGUGCCCGAGGAGAUUUAUGUCUGCAAAUUCACAUAUAGAAUUAAUCACGUUCGAACCCUGUAUCCCAAAGUAGUUGGAGCAAUGAAUUUAAGUGCGUGACAGACGGUGACAAAAACUGCGACAUUGGAGAUCUUGGCAUUUGCGUAACAGAGCUCAUUCGUUAAUCAUUCUACGAAUUGGGAAAUAUGUCUGUCAUAUUACAAUGGCUCGAUCAUGGCUAGGAUGUUUAUUCGGUGUUUUAAUACUAUCCACAAUUUUUUACCUGUAUUUACUAUUGAACGUUCCUUCUGCCGAUAUCAAUUCCUUCAAACUUAACAAUAAAUUGAGCUCGCCCAUGGACGUAGAGAAAGAAAGUCCACGCGUGGAAAAGCUGCACUUAGAAAAUAAUCAUAACGAGGUAAAAUGCGAGACUAUACACAUUGCGAUGGUAUGCGCUGGAUACAAUUCAACGUUUGCUCUGGUGACAGUGGUAAAAUCCGUUUUAUUCUACCGCACUAAACCUUUGCACUUUCACUUGCUUGUUGAUGAAGUUGCAAACAGGACCUUGACAACAGUAUUUCAAACGUGGGAUUUACCAUACGUGAAUUUAACGUAUUACAAAGCAGAAAAAUGGGUGCCAAAGGUGUCCUGGAUACCGAACAAACAUUACUCGGGCGUUUACGGUCUCUUGAAAUUAAUUCUGCCGGAUGCGAUGCGGGAGGAUAAAGUGCUGGUAUUCGACACGGAUGUGACCGUGUUAAACGAUGUUAGUUUGCUCUGGCAGAUGUUCGAGAAGUUCACGAGCGAUCAGGCCCUAGGGCUGACGGAAAAUCAGAGUCAUUGGUACAUAAAGGCAUUGUCUUACGGUCAGCGACCAUGGCCAGCUCUGGGGCGAGGCUUUAACACUGGCGUGAUGCUAAUGCACUUGCAACAACUCCGUAAGAGGAAAUUUAUGAGCCUGUGGGAAACUGUUGCGAAGCGUGUUCUGGUCCAUAUACCGGAAACUAGUUUAGCCGAUCAGGAUAUAAUAAAUGCUGUUGUCAAAGAGCAUUCAUCUAUAGUAUAUAAAAUACAGUGCACAUGGAAUAUUCAGUUAAGCGAUCACACGAUUAGCGAUAUCUGUUAUCGCGACACUAGUCAAAUAAACAUCGUACAUUGGAAUUCCCCUCGCAAGCAAGAUGUAUAUAAUAAGCACAUUAACCAAUUUCGUAAGUUGCAUAAAGUCUUCCUUGAAAUGGACGGAAACUUAUUACGUAAACGCUUAUUUGGUUGUGAUAAACACGAAACUGUAUCGCAAUACAACGAAUCGACUCUGUGUCGAGAGUUUACAAGAGGCGCAACCACGUUGUAUCGUACUCAUCCUUUUCUCCUUGAAUAUGAGUACAAUGUAUAUGCUUCAACAGACAUUGCUCUAGCAACUCAGUGUAGCGUGGAAAGGAUACCGUUACUAGAAGACCUAUCGAAACAUUGGCCCGGUACCAUAAGCGUUGCUCUAUACCUUACGGACGCUGAGGUGCAGAAUUUCCUCGAGUUCGUGCGCGGCUCCAUCGAGCUGAGAAACAGGAAGAACAUUGCAUACCAUGUCGUGUAUAAGGAUGGGGAACUCUAUCCCAUUAAUUAUUUGCGAAAUACUGCGAUGUCGUAUAUAUCGACACCGUUUAUCUUCCAAUUGGACGUCGACUUUUUGCCGCAGUACGGAUUACACGAAUCCCUUAUGAACUAUAUCAUUAAACUGAAUAUCAGCGAGUCGGACAAAGUAGCUUUGAUCGUUCCGGCGUUUGAGACCGAGCGUUAUAGGUUUAUCUUUCCUGCUAACAAGGAUGAACUUUUGAAGUUCUUGAAGCGUGGCGUUCUAUACACUUUUCGUUACCAUGUUUGGACUCAGGGGCACGCUGCCACAAAUUACAGUUAUUGGAGGAAUACGAUGGAACCAUACGAAGUUUCUUGGGAACCAGAUUUCGAACCCUACAUCGUGGUCUCAAGAAAGGCGCCUCGAUACGAUACCAGAUUCAUCGGUUUUGGAUGGAACAAGGUAUCCUACCUAACACACUUGACGGUAUUGGAUUACAAGUACAUUGUCUUGCCGGAUACAUUCAUUAUCCAUCGGCCUCACGCCCCUAGUCUCGACAUCGGCAAGUUCAGAACUGACUCUAUUUAUAGAAGAUGCCUAAAAAAGUUGAAGGACGAAUUCGUUGAAGAAUUAGUGAAGAAAUAUGGCAUGCAGACGUUGUUGAAGUUAAAGAAAAUGACCAAAGAAGAGAGAAUAUUAAAGUCUGUUGAAACCAAAAAGUAAUUAAUUAUAUUUGUAAUGACAAUAGAGAUUACAAAAACGCAAAUAUUAUAGCUAUUUUCUCAAUAAAAAGAUAUCAAAAAAGAUGA